AUGGCGGAUAAUAUGUUGUCGAGCCAUCUUAAGAAAGAGAAUUCAAAAGCCUACCAUACUUUCGUCAUUGAUGAUUUCUUGUUUAGGGUGAAAAAUGUGUUUCCCCACGGCGAUAAAGAUUACACUUCGCAAGAGUUUUAUGCACCUGGUGCGGCCGAAUUCCGAUUGAACCGAUGCUUGUCUCCCAAACUUUUCCCGGAUGUGCACUUGGUGAGUGAGGAAAGUCGGCUUCCCUGCCAUAAGCACAUGUUGGCCGCAAGCUCAGAUGUCUUCAUGGCCAUGUUCUUGGAUGGAAAACAUCAGGAGAGCCAGACCAACGAAGUUCGAAUUGACGAUGUCGAUCCCAAAACCUUGGAGAAACUCUUGGAAUAUUUGUAUCAUGAUAACAUUGAGGACUUGGAUGGUUUGGCUUACGAGCUUAUUUGUGCCGCUGACAAGUAUAAUAUGGCUAAUUUGAAAGCCUUUGCCACGAAUAGUGCUCUCAAGAAUCUGAGCAUUGAAAAUGUAUUGUCCUUUCUUUGCCUUGGCGAGCUUGUCAACUCAGACUUUUUGACUCAAAGAGCAAUGGAAUUUGCCAGCGACCAUAUUGAAGAAGUGAUCAGGAGUGACGAAUGGCAGAGUCUCUCUCGAAAUAUCGUUGACCAACUUUUUGCGGAAGCCAUCAAGUAUGGAAGAAUGUAA